AUGUCAACACCGGUGGUUAGAACAGUGGGCGUGAUUGGGACCGGUGUCAUAGGUGCAAGUUGGAUCGCUCUUUUCCUCGCGAAAGGCCUCAAAGUAAUCGUUACCGACCCUGAUCCCGAUGCUCCGGCAAAGCUUUCAACAUUCCUACAUGAUGCCUGGCCAAGUUUCGUUAUAGCAGGCCUUGCACCAGAGGCAAGCCUCUCAAAUUACGAGUUUAACAGCCUUGAGGGUUUCAAAUUUAGGAGAAAGCUUUUGGCACGUCUGGACCAAAAGACACCACCCGCAACUGUGAUCUGUUCCUCUCAACCAGGAAUCCCUUCUGAGCUGGUAUGCGAAUGCAACCAUCGUCCCGGCCGCGUCCUCAUCGGCCAUCCUACCAGCUUACCCCAUUUGCUACCAAUAAUAGAGGUUACUAUCCACCCUGAGACGCAAAUAAACCAUGCUAUUGCCGCAACAGGCUUUUAUCGCUCCCUUGGCGGAAUGCCCCUCCUUGUACGGGAGGGCUCCAUUGACUUGGGUGGGAAUAGAUUACGGGCCGCCCUUCUUGGUGAAACUUAUGAUUUGGUUCAUCGAGGCGUGGUAUCUGUGGCUGAUAUUGGCAUCGUCAUGACUGGGCUUCAAUGGGCAUUUGCUGGUCCUUUUAGAACUAACGGCGUUAGCACGAUUGGGACUUGCCCCCAUAUAUGGUAA